AUGGCAAAAAUGCAAGAAGAAAUGAACCAACGUGCCAGUACUACCAAUCCUCCUACCCAUCCAGCGGUCGAGACUCCGAAUCCAGUUCCUCAAGUUAAUCCUCUAAUUAACAUUAGUGCACCCGGUGGUGUUCCAAACGGCAAUCCUCGUCCUCAUGUUUUUGAAAUAGACGACCGAUAUUAUGCAUUCUUCAGCCCAAGGGCUGCUUCUCAGUAUGACGCUUUCGGUUCAGCAACCAACGAGGUGGAGAGGAAGGUAAAGGCUAUCGAGGAGAAGCUCAAGACAAUGGGGAACACCGAUGUUUUGGGUCUUGACGCGGUAGAAAUGUGCCUAGUGCCCGGGGUCAUCAUUUCGGCCAAGUUAAAAGUUCCAGACUUUGAAAAAUAUAAGGGAAAUAGCGACCCGAGGACUCACAUUAGGGCAUACUGUCGAAAUAUGGUCGCUUAUUCCAGUGAUGAUCAACUAUUAAUGCAUUUUUUCCAAGAUUCCCUUAGUGGGGCAUCUUUGGAUUGGUAUAUGCAACUCGAGGGCCUCCAUAUUCACACAUGGAGGGAAAUGGCCAAAGCAUUCCUCAAGCACUAUCGGUACAACACUGAUAUGGCACCUAAUUGCACGCAGUUGCAAAAUCUGACUCAAAGGUCUGAGGAGUCCUUCAAAGAGUAUGCUCAACGGUGGAGGGAAUUAGCUACUAGGGUACAACCCACAUUGCUAGAAAGGCAACUGGUAUACAUCUUUAUGGGUAACUUGCAAUGCCCAUACCUUGACAGAAUGGUAGGGAGCACCUCUUUGGGCUUUUCCGACCUGGUCUUAGCCGGUGAAAGGAUAGAAAAUAUGAUUAACAUGGGCAAGAUCCAGAACUCUGACAGUACUUCUAGUGCAUCGAAGAAACCUUUUGUUCCCUACGGUAAAAAACAAGAAGGCGAGACCAAUGCCACAUCCAUCAUUCAAACAAGAAAUCCCACUUAUCCGCAAGUAGCCGCCGUAGCUCCCGUCCAACCUAGUCAACAACAACCAUUUAUAAUUCCUGUUCAAACUCAACAACAACAACAGGAGUUGGGACCCCCACCAGCGGUUCUUCCUCCCGAUUAUGAUGCAAAUGUCCACUGUGAAAUUCAUUCUGGUGCUCCUGGGCAAUCCAUCGAGAAUUAUAAAGCAUUAAAGUACAAGGUUCAAGAUCUUAUUGAUUCUAAGGCAAUCACAUUCACCCCCAAUGGGCCGAAUUCUGUCAUACAACGAUUAAUGAACCAAGGUAUCUUGGUGGUAGACUGCCCGUCCAUAAAAGAAGACGUGUCUACCCUCGAGAUACCAUAUGACAAAAUCUCUCCUCUGCAAAUUCCAUAUAACUUUUCUCAGUUAACUCUGUCAACAAAUCAUGUUACUCCGAUCAUAAUAACAGUUCCCACGCCAUUCAUGUAUGUUAACACUAAGGCAGUCCCAUGGGUGUAUGACACCUCAGUCUACAUCCAUGGUCAGAAGAUUCAAGAAGAACCAUUGAAGUCUAAUGAUCCAAUGAUCAAUAUCACCGGCACUGGUGGAAUCACGAGAAGUGGAAGGAUAUUUACGCCAGCACCCACUCCAAUUGGAACUAUCAAUCCUUCAGCUUCAGACAAAGGCAAACAAAUUGAUGGCGCUAAGUAA